CAUCAGUCGUCAAAUAUAAAUGAAAACAUUUGGUGUUCACUGAAUUGGAAAUAAUAAAAGCAGGUUAUAAUGUAUUUAUUUGGAUUUCUUGGUCAUUGCAAAUCCUUGUGCACGAUCUUAAUAAUUCCCUGAGGCUCAAUGAUGUAGUAGAUCAACAGAAUUUUGGGUUUGAGUCAAUGUUGCUCAUGAGAAAAAUCAACCCUGAAAUCUCACAUUCAACUUUGUUUCAGGUUGUUUCACUGAUACUUGCCUUCAUGUCCACCAGAGUGAGUCUCCUUGAGGCGACAGGGCAAGACUCAAACUGCACGGCUGGGCAUUAUAAACACGAUAAAGAUCGUUCCUGUAAGCCAUGCCCGGAGGGCACAUAUACAGACAGAAGCAAUUCUCUGACGUUCUGUAUUCGGUGCAGUAGUUGUGGUAGGGGGGGAGUUAAAAAACCAUGCACAAGUAGAAGCGAUGAGGUGUGCAACUGCCCUCCAGGACACUACUCAAAGGAUGGCGACUGCAAGAAAUGCUCCGAAAACAGUUCCAUCAACGACAUCAAUGAAGAUUAUUGUGACAUGUGCCAGCCCUGCCAAAGCCAGCCCUGUGUGAAGCACCCAGGAUGCAAGACAAGUCCCAUCAUUCGUCCACCUCCAUUGCAAGCGGCUUUGACUACUGCUUCGACUGCUGGCCCGGCUUCACCGUCAGGAAGACCGACUCGUUCCACCACACUGAAAACAUCAAGUCCAACUAUGGAGAAAGUGCCAAAUCAUUCAGAUACACUCUUCUGGCUUUCUUUUGUGGGGGUUGUCACAUCUCUGUUGCUCUUUUGGUUCCUGCUGCUCUUCUGCAGGAACCUGCUCAGAAAGGAAGCUGUUCUUCCCUGCUGGGACAAACAAAAAAACCUGCAAAGACUUCCUCAGGAACUAAAGUUGGACGAACAACGCAGUCAUCACUGUAGCAGCCCAACCACACAGACAUUUGCAGUUUUUGAGGAAACUCCCAUGAUGUCGCUCUGUCAGGAACCACCUGCUCACAUCAGCGGCCACGUGCGGCACAGUCUUCACACGGAUGCAAGACGAUAUGAGCACUGUGACCGCUGGCCGGCCAUCGUGCUCUACGCGAUCAUCAAGGAAGUGCCUCUUCGCAGAUGGAAGGAGUUCCUCCGACUGCUGUCCGUGCCCGACCAGCAGAUGGAGCGCGUGGAGAUGGAGGCCGGUCUCGGGUCCAUGGAGAAGCAGUACCAGAUGCUGAGACUGUGGAGCCAGCGCUCCUCGGCGAGCCUGAAUGAAGUCUACUCCUCUCUGCACCUCAUGGAGUUGUCGGGCUGCGUCCAGCAGCUGCAGGAGAACCUGGAGAGGCUGCAGUGGAGGUGCGAAGCGAAGCAGGCGCUCACAGCCUGA